AUGGGCUCCACCGUUUCCACCAUCGAUGAUCCGGCCGGAGUGGCGACCAAUGCCGUGGACCUGCGGGCGGCUCGAGAAGACAUCGCGAAGUGGCUGCACCGGCCCGAGCACGACGACGGGUCGCUGGCGCCGCUCAUGAUUCGUUUUGCCUGGCAUUGCUGCGGGACAUUCGAUAGACACAAGAAGUCGGGCGGCAGCAACGGCGGGACGAUGCGCUUCCUCGCCGAGCAGGCCGACCCCGAGAACAAGGGCUUCGCGGAGGCGCGAGCGCUCGUCGAGAAGGUCAAGCGCGCGCACCCGCGCCUCAGCGUCGCCGACAUCUGCGUCUUGUGCGGCACGGUCGCCAUCGAAGCGACGGGUGGGCCUCGCGUGCCGUUC